AUUACCGGAUUGGUCAACUCAGGUAGCCUUUCACUUGUCCCGUAGCUAGGCGGAAGCCAACGUUAAUUAUUAUGGCUUAUGGCUUGCAUGUGAAAGCGGGCCGUUUUCAUAGUCUGCACCACCACGUUCUAGUGUAAAUUUAUUACUGUAACAAUUAAACUGCCGGUGCCGUCUUAUUUAAUCCCAUCCUCGUUGAAUUCUUAACGACUUCAUCCCUUCUCACACCAGUACGAACUUUAAGUUGUCACUUAACUGAGAACGGUUGUCCAACCAUUUUUUACGAAGCUGACAACACUGAUUCACCUACGACCUCAACAGAAGCGCCUGGCCCCCCAUCCCGAUCAUACGUUGUCAGCAAUACACCACAUGUGACCAGUCGUCAAGACAUGGAAGUAGCCCGCGCGAGUGAGCUUCCCGGCGAACUUCGAUAUAUCCAAUACGAACAUGCACUAGAAGAAAAAUACCUACCCGCGAUCCGGGCACUGAUCUCGAAAGACCUCAGCGAACCUUACAGCAUCUAUGUCUACCGGUAUUUCUUGUACCAAUGGGCGCACUUGUGCUACAUGGCGCUCAACCCCGUCGACAGCUCGCUUAUGGGCGUCAUCAUCUGCAAGCUCGAACAUCAUGCUUCCCACUCGCCCCCGACACAUCGAGGCUAUAUAGCCAUGCUCGCGGUAUCCUCUGCCUACCGAGGCCACGGUAUAGCCACGGCGCUGGUAAAGAUGGCGAUCGAUGCGAUGGCUGAACGGCACGCCGACGAGAUUGUUUUAGAGACCGAAGAGAUGAACAUACCAGCUAUGAGACUUUAUGAGAGACUAGGGUUUUUAAGGUCGAAGAAACUUCAUCGGUAUUACUUGAACGGAAACAGUGCCUAUCGAUUGGUGCUAUUGUUGAAGUCAACCGACCCCGAAACGAAUCAGCCUGACUAGGAAUUAAAAGGAUAUGCCUCCACGUGGAAUUCGGCUCUACAAGGUGAAUUUUAUACCCAUGGUACCAUACACUCGAAGCAACAGUUUUAGACUUGCUUGAGAAGGAUGUUGAAUAUCCUAGUUUACGAGAAUACGUUGAUGAGGGGUAGAUAAGUGUGCGAUAGGAUCGUCAAAAGGACAGGUUGGAGGAUUCGGAUGACGGUAACAUAAAGCAUUUAUGCAUUGUCGGCGUUGGAAUGGUUAGCAAGUUCUCCCAUUACGCAUGAAGAAGCAAUUUCGUGAUAGCAAAGGGUAUCUCGACAAAUUCAUCCGUUGUUUUUUAAAGACACAUAUAUCCUCCUAGUAUGAUUGUUGAUUCA